AUUUUAGAAAAUUAUCCUGAAGUUAUUUCAAAUACUAAUGUGUUUGAAUUACUUCAAAAUGAAGAAUUUUAUUCAAAAUGCUGCCAAAUCGCAUUUAUUCUCAAACCAAUAAAAGAAUUAACUAAUAUUCUUGAAGCAUCGAAUACAAAUUUAGCAGAAUGUUUUAUUGGUUUAAUAAGACUUGCUACAGAAAUUGCUGAAGAAAGUAAUGAUAAUAUACAACAAAUAUUAACUGAUAAUUUAAAUAUUAAUCGAAUUGUUGAUUUAUCAUUACCUGAGUUUUUAUCUAUCAAUAACAUUUUAUUUGAAUCAGCCAUUAAUAGAUUAUCUUCAUAUGAGAGAGGUUAUAAUUCAGAAAAUAGAGAAUAUGAUCCUAUUAAUUUAGCACAACAAAUAAUAGAU